AUGAAGAGGGGAUACCGUUACGCACCCAACGACACCGACGACUGCAUCCGCUUGCUAGAUACGGGCGGCCGCGGCCCUUCUUCGUGCAACAACAACCGCGACCUUGUUACUUCGGUGGUCCACAGCAUCUCCGGAUAUUCAUCUGUCGACGAACUCCUUCGCGGGAUCGCCGACAGCCCCUCGGAAGAGGAGUUCGAGCUCGUGGACGAUCUCGUGCGGUUUGUGCCUGAGAGCCGCAGCGCGAUGGUGCAGCCAAAUUCCAUCUUGUCCCUGUGCGAGCUGUUGCGGGGAGAGGAUGCCUCGAUACGGAUCAAAUUCACUUUGGCUGAACUCAUCGAGCCCCUUUGUGAUGGUUCGGACGACCGCUGCAGCGCUCUCUGCAAGGCAGGAGCUGCGGAGCUGCUGAUUCGCUUAGUAUGGGAGGCUGCGCAUUACCCUUGCAGGUGCUGCGGGGCUCGAGCCUCUUAUUCGUCUCUCGCCGCGCUGUCUGCCCUUGCAGCGAGUCCAGUAUGUGCUGUGGCCGUCAUCGGGGCGGGCGCUCUGGCCAUGCUUGAUGCGCUGCUGUUGAAGAGCCAUAGAAAGGAGGAGGAGGAGGGGAGGAGGGAGUGCGCGGUCCGCCUGCUCGCCGCUCUUGCGGCCCCCGAGUCUGCAACUGCAAUCACCGCAAGCGCCUCCGCUCUGGCCUCGUCGGAGGCAAUCCCCCCGCUGGUUUCGAUGCUCGGUUGCGCUUACGAUGGCGCGGACGAGAUGGCCGCGAGGCUGCUCUGCAGCCUCUCCAAGUGCCCAGCUGUCCGAGGUGCCGUCAAGAGCUCGGGGGCCGUCCCACGGCUGUUGGCGCUGCAGAAGGGUGGGGGCAAGGCGGCUCGGCGGGCAGCCUUUGCUGCGCUAGCACAUCUGAAGCGUAAGGCGGAGGCGGACGACACCAAGGAGAACGCCGUCGAUAUCGCCGAAGCCGAGAGGGUGGCCAGAGAGGCCGAGAAGGCACUCCUGCAGGAGGUCGCCCUUCAGGAGGAGGAGAAGCAGGCGGAACCGCAGCGGCGGAGUGCCCGUAAUAAGGCCAAGCGGGAGAAGAAUCGACAGAAGGUCGGCAUGAAGAAGCACCGAAAGCGCGGCAGUCACGCGGACGUCGAAGCGGGCGCCGCCCUCGAUGGCAUCUCCGAGGAGGCUGGCGACGAGUCGGACAAGGCAUCGACAUCAGGCGAUGAGAUUCCGGCGGCACCCUCUUCGAAGGAGCAGGAGGAGUUUGGCUUUCCAAGUGCUAGCACCUUCAAGGCCGCUCACUUUGCCAGCCAAGGGAACCUCUCGCAAGUGCUCCGCUCCGCCCACGCGGUCUUGUUGAGCAGCAGCGCGCCGCUAGAGGGCGGUCUCAUCCAGCAGGCGGACCGGCAGCUUGCGCUGCUCGGCUUGACUGCGAGUUGA